AUGGAAAGCCACUCGGAGCUCAGUGGGGACUCGGAGCAGGAGCACGACGAUGUGGCCAGCACGGCCUCGCGGCCGUCCGGGGGCAAGGUGCCCUCUGGCCUCCAGUCCCCAGCCGAGUCCGCGGAGCCGGCAGACGUAGAGACUUCGGAGAGAGGCUCUACCUUGGCCGAGCCCGCCGAGCCCCUGGAGCCGGCCGAGGCGGACGAGCCCGCCGAGCCCGCCGAGCCCGCCGAGCCCACCGAGCCCCCCGAGCCCGAGCCCAGGGAAGGGCCGUCGGCCACCGAAGCUGAGGGCGAGGUGGUGCCCGGAGCGCGGGAGGCGCCGGCCGAGGCCGAGGAGGUGCCCGGAGCGCGGGAGGCGCCGGCCGAGGAGCCCGCCGCGCCGGUGUCCGAGGGCGGGCCCGAGGAAGCCGAGGAGGAGAGGGCGGAGGCGCCCGCGGAGGAGGAGGGGGAGAGCCGGGAGGAGGAGAAGAAGAAGAAGAAGAAGAAAAAGAUCAGCCUGGCGGAGGUCUCGCCCAUCCCGGAGGCCGAGCGCGAGGGGUCGGAGGAGGAGGCCGAGGGCGAGGGGAGCGCGAGGAAGAGCUUGUUGGAAGGCGGCGGGAAGGCGCCGGACGAGGACGUGAGGGAUGAGGACGUGGAGUGGACCGAGGAGGUGCAGCGGCAGCAGGAGCAGCAGCUGCGCUCCGAGCUGCUGGGGCAGUACCGCACCCUGACGGUGGAGCGCAGCCACUACCAGCGCUACAACAUGUUCCUGCAGCACAAGAUCUACGAGGCGCUGCGCAAGAAGAAGGGCCUGGACGCCGCCGAGGUGAUGCCCGAGAAGGGCGCCGAGCCCGAGGCCCCCGAGAAGGAGGAAGCCUACCUGCACCACCUGGCGCUGCUGGAGGAGCUCAGGAAGCAGGAGGCCGACGACCUGGACUGGUACCACCAGGAGCUGGACCAGCUGAAGCAGCAGUGCAAGGAGAAGGUCUCCAGGGUGGAGAGGGAGUGGCGGAAGUUCCAGGCGCUCAAGAAGCAGGUGGUGCUGCAGGCCAUGGGCAGCUGCCGGCUGCGGGGCGGGCGCCAGGCCGCUCUGCUCGAGGUGGAGCAGAUCCAGGCGCUGGAGGACAAGAAGGAGAAGGAGAUGAGCGCCGUGAGGCUGGAGAACGUGCAGCUGAAGCAGAGCCUCGUGCACUUCGAGACCAGGAUGCGGGCCCAGGAGGACACGACCGAGGGCCUGCUCCUCAUCGACUUCGAGCAGCUCAAGAUUGAGAACCAGACGUUCAACGAGAAACUGGAAGAGCGGAACGAGGAGCUUCUGAAACUGCACAGCAAGGUGAACAACAACGUGCAGAUCAUCACCCACGUGAAGGAGAAGCUGCACUUCAUGGACAUUGAGAAUGCAAGCAAAAAGGCCCAGCUUCUGGAGGUGGAGGCCCAGGUGGCCCUCCGGAGGGACAUCCUGACCAAGACGAAGCAAGCCCGGGACAGCCUGCGCAUGGACAACAUCAAGCUGAACCGGAAGUGCGGGCUCCUGGGCAAGGAGUCGCUCCUCCGGGACAUGGAGGACAAGGUGGUCAGGACCGAGGAGCUCAAGGAGCACCUGGAGCACCUGAAGCGCCACCAUGAGGGGCUGACCCUGUCCUGCCGGGGCGUGAGGCAGAAGAUCCGGGAGGCCAAGGCCUUCCUCCCCUCCUGA